CCAUGGCUGGAGUUUCUAUUCUGUCAUGCCACGGGAGGAGGUUGGUGUGGUGCCAAACCUCUCUAGUCUAUUGGCAUUCCUCCUCAGCUCGGCUGUGUCUUUGCUGACCCGUUCCGUUUAGCUAAAAAUAUCUGAAAUGGACACUUGAACGCAAAGAAACCCCUCACGCUUCCAACGUAAUCUUGUGGAGCUCCCUCUGCUCCUUUGUCCACCUCCCCUGCAAAUGAAGCCCUCACGCCCAUAGCCUUCUCCUCUUUCUUCCUUUCUCUCCUCCUCCUCGCCCGGUUCUUCGUUUCGCUUCUUGCUUGGCCUCUUGGAAGCCGAAUUGAUCUCGAUUUGUUUAUGGCUCGGGUUGGCAGAGCUCGAUGGACGAGUUCCAGCUUGAAGUAGGUCUUCUACUGCGCAAAGAAGAUAACCUGUGACUGAGAAGACUUACGUGCAUGGAGAAGGCAGCGCCGCGAAGCCCCGCUCCGGCCACCACCUUCGUGCGAACCGACACGGCCACCUUCAAAGAGCUCGUGCAGCGGCUGACGGCCGGCCCCCAGAUCGACGACGCCCACAAGCACCACCCCGCCCUCUCCUCCUCCUCCUCCUCUUCCCACAAGCUGAAGACGCCGGGGCUCAAGCGGCAGCACGAGCAGCGGCGGGGAGUCCCUCGGCGCAGGUUCACCGCCCUCCGGCCUCGGCCGCUCUCCCUCCCGGCCAGCCCCGCCGCCAUCUCCCCUGCCAUGAGCCCCGUGGUGGCGUCUCCUUCGACCAGCUUCGCCAGGCUUCACAUACGCGAGGAGGGAGGCAACAAGGUGCAGGUGGAUCCGAACGAGGAGGAGGAGAAGGCUAUCAAGGAGAGGAGGUUUUACUUGCACCCCUCGCCACGGCCGCGUAACGCCGAGGCGCCGGAGUUGCUUCCUCUCUUUCCGUUGUCUUCUUCUUCCCAGCCCAGUGACCAACCCUGAUUGCAUGAGGCUUAUUGCUGUAGCAUUAUUCAUUGUUAAUGC